UGCCCCAGCAAACAUAUCGAAGGGACUCAUGGUUGGCAUUGAUGUUGGCACCACUUACUCCUAUGUAGGAGUCUUCCAACAUGGGAAAGUGGAGAUCAUUGCUAAUGACCAAGGAAACAGGACCACCCCCAGCUAUGUCACCUCCACCGAUACAGAAUGUUUAAUUGGUGAUGCUGCAAAGAAUCAAGUUGCAAUGAACCCCACCAACAAAGUCUUUGAUGCCAAAAAAUUAAUUGGUCACAGAUUUAAUGAUGCAGUUGGAGAGUCAGACAUGAAGCAUUGGCCUUUUAUGGUGGUGAAUGACGAAGGCAGGCCUAAGGUCCAAGUGGAAUACAAAGGGGAGACAAGUUUCUAUCCAGAAGAAGUAUCAUCUGUGGUCUUGACCAAGAUGAAAGAAAUUUCUGAGCUUGGGAAGACUGUCACAAAUGCUGUUGUCACAGUACCAGCCUUCUUCAAUGAUUCCCAACGACAGGCCACCAGAGACACCGGAACCAUUGCUGGUCUCAAUGUGCUCCAAAUCAUCAACGAGCCAAUUGCUGCUGCUAUUGCUUAUGGCUUGGACAAAAAAGUUGGUGCCAAGAGAAAUGUGUUGAUCUUUGACCUUGGAGGUGGUACCUUUGAUAUCUCCAUCCUUACCAUUGAAGAUGGCAUCUUUGAAGUCAAGUCCACAGAUGGGAACACCCACUUGGGUGGAAAGGACUUUGACAACUGCAUGGUCAAUCAUUUCAUUGCUGAGUUCAAACAAAAGCACAAGAAGGACAUCAGUGAGAACAAGAGGGAUGUCUGCCAACUGUGUACUGCUUGUGAACAUGCAAAGAGAACCCUCCCUUCCAGUAUACAGGCCAAUAUUAAGAUUGAUUACGACUUCUAUACCUCUAUUACCUGGACCCGUUUUGAAGAGUUAAAUGCUGACCUCUUCCAUGGCACACUGGACCCUGUGGAAAAGGCCCUCAGAGAUGCCAAGCUAGACAAAUUACAGAUUCAUGACAUUGUCUUGGUGGAUCAUUCCACUCGAAUUCCCCAAAUCCAGAAGCUUCUGCAGGAUUUUUUCAAUGGCAAGGAGCUCAACAAGAGUAUCAGUUCUGAUGAGGCUAUUGCCUAUGGUGCAGCUGUUCAGGCUGCCAUCUUCUCUGGAGAUAAAUCUGAGAAUGUGCAGGACUUGCUGCUGCUAGAUGUCAUUCCUCUUUCCCUUGGAAUUGAAACUGCUGGUGGAAUCAUGACAGUUCUGAUCAAACACAAUACCACCAUUCCCACCAAGCAGACUCAGAUCUUUACUACCUACUCUGACAACCAGCCUGGUGUGCUUAUUCAGGUUUAUGAAGGUGAGGGAGCAAUGACAAAGGAUAACAACUUGCUUGGCAAGUUUGAGCUCACAGGAAUCCCUCCUGCCCCAAGGAGUAUCCCUCAGAUUGAAGUUACAUUUGACAUUGAUGCUAAUGGCAUCCUCAAUGUGUCUGCUGUGGAUAAGAGCACAGGUAAGGAGAACAAGAUCACCAUUACCAAUGACAAAGGUCAUCUGAGCAAAGAAGACAUUGAGUGCAUGGUCCAGGAGGCUGAAGAUGAGCAGAGAGACAAGGUGUCUUCCAAGAAUUCUCUUGAGUCUUAUGCUUUCAACAUGAAGGCAACUGUUGAGGAUGAGAAACUACAAAGCAAAAUUGGUGAUGAAGACAAACAGAAGAUCCUUGACAAAUGCAAUGAAAUAAUCAACUAGCUGGAUAAGAACCAGACUGCUGAAAAGGAAGAAUUUGAGCAUCAGCAGAAAGAAUUGGGAAAAGUCUACAACCCCAUCAACCAGAGUACAAGAGGCAUGCCAGGGGGCAUGCCUAGUGGGUUCCCAGGAGGUGGAGGGGUCCCAUUUGGAGGUGCUUCUUCUGGACCUACCAUUGAAGAGGUCAACUAAAUGUGCCAGAAGAAAAAGCAUUCCACACAGCUUUCCAAAAAUUGAAGGACUCAAAUUUGAAGCCAAGGCAGUA